AUGAGUGGGAAGACAAAGGAGGACAAAAAGAAAUUAAAAGAGGAAGAAAAAAGAAAGAAAGAAGAAGAAAAGAAAAAAAAAGAGGAAGAAAAGAAAAAGAAAAAAGAAGAAGAAAAGAAAAAAAAAGAGGAAGAAAAAAGAAAGAAAGAGGAAGAAAAGAAAAGGAAAGAAGAAGAAAAGAAACACCGUGAUCACAAACAUGAUGAUAAAAAACAUGAAGAAAAAGAUGAAAAUGAUAAAAAAUUGAAGAAAGCAGAGGAAGAAAAGAAAAAGAAAGCAGAAGAAGAGGAUAGACAAAAAGCAGAGGAAGAAGAAAAGAAAAAGAAAGCAGAAGAAGCCAGACAAAAAGCAGAGGAAGAGGCUAAACAAAAAGCAGAGGAAGAAGCUAAACAGAAAGCAGAGGAAGAAGCUAAACAGAAAGCAGAGGAAGAAGCUAAACAAAAAGCAGAGGAAGAGGCUAAACAGAAAGCAGAAGAGGAAGAAAAGAAAAAGAAAGCAGAAGAGGAAGAAGCUAAACAGAAAGCAGAAGAGGAAGAAGCUAAACAGAAAGCAGAAGAAGAAGCUAAACAAAAAGCAGAGGAAGAGGCUAAACAGAAAGCAGAAGAGGAAGAAAAGAAAAAGAAAGCAGAGGAAGAAGCUAAACAGAAAGCAGAGGAAGAAGCUAAACAAAAAGCAGAGGAAGAGGCUAAACAGAAAGCAGAAGAAGCUAAAAAGAAAGCAGAAGAGGAAGAGGCUAAAAAGAAAGCAGAAGAGGAAGAAAAGAAAAAGAAAGCAGAAGAAGAAGCUAAACAGAAAGCAGAAGAAGAAGCUAAACAGAAAGCAGAAGAGGAGGCUAAACAAAGAGCAGAGGAAGAAGCUAAACAGAAAGCAGAGGAAGAAGCUAAAAAGAAAGCAGAAGAGGAAGAAGCCAAAACACUUAACACUUGUAAGCCUAAUGGAAUUGGACAAUCAGCUCACUUAGGAUUAGCUUCACAACCAGGAUUAGCUUCACAACCAGGAUUAGCUUCACAACCAGUAGGAUUAGGACUAAGUUCGACUCCAAGAGCACAACCAGGAUUAGGACUUGGAGGAGGAUUAGGAACACAACCAGCUGGAUUAGGAUUAGGACUUGGGGUAAAUUCAAGACCAACCAUGGGAUUAGGACUUGGAGGACAGCCUGGAAUUGGAAUGCAACCAGCUGGAUUAGGAUUGGGACUUGGAGCACAACCAGGAUUAGGACUUGGAGGAGGAUUAGGAACACAACCAGCUGGAUUAGGAUUAGGACUUGGAGCACAGCCAGGAUUAGGAGGAUUACCACCAAUGGGUGGACUAGGAGGACUUCCACCAAUGGGCGGAUUAGGAGGAUUACCACCAAUGGGUGGAUUAGGAGGAUUGCCUCCAUUGGGAGUGAAUGCACCACAAGAAGAGACUGUAACAGAAGUUGAACAAGUAGGUGAGAAGAAGAAACGAAAAAGACAAAAGAAGAAAAUUAUGAUUUCACAAUCAGCAUUUUUCACACACGAAAAUGAAGAAAAAGCAAAUGCAAUGUUAAGUAAGAUUGCUGAUGAUGCAGUAUUAGUAUUUGAUUGUGGAAGUUCAUUUAUCAAAGUUGGGGUUGCAGGAGAAGAACAACCAAGAAAAGUUAUUCCAACGUGUUAUUGUACAAUAGAAGAUGAAGACUAUGAAGGAGGAGAAAGAAAAGAAUUUGGAUAUAAAGCAAUUGACGAAGAUGAGGGAUUGGUAUGGCCUCUUGAUCCAAGAAAAGACACUGAUUGGGAUGGGUUACUUGCUAUUAUUCAAAAUAUUUAUGAGAAUGAGUUAGAUGGAUGUGAUCCAGCUUCUCAUCCAGUUGUUAUGACAGAAUUACCGAACAUGAAUGAGGUAGCAACAGAUAAAAUCAAAUCUAUGAUGUUUAAUGAUUUGAAUGUUCCAUUUUUAAAAAUAGUUAAUCCAGCAUUAAUGGCGUUGUAUGCAGAAGGUAAAGAAACAGGAGUUGUAGUUGAAAUUGGUAAUAGAAUGCAAAUAGUACCAGCUGUUGAUGGGUAUGUUAUUGAUAGUGCUAUUACUAAAAUUAAAGGUAAUGUCUCUGGACUAACAGAGUAUAUGUCUCGUUUAUUAAGGGCUUGUGGUUAUAUCUACACUACAUCUGCACAAAUGGAAUUAGUAAGAGCAAUUAAAGAGAGUGUGUGUUAUGUCGCUUUGGACUAUGAUGCAGAAAUGAAAAAGAAAGCAAAGGAUGUCAUGAAAGAGUUUCAAGUUCCAGGCAAUGAAAAUACUUCAAAGUUCUUCCAAGAACGAUUCCAAUGUCCAGAGGCUUUAUUCCAACCUGAGAAAGUAGGAAUAGAUGCUGAAGGAGUUCCUUCAAUGUUAUUUUCCACAAUUAAAAAAUGUCCACUAACUUCAAGAAGACCAUUGUUAAAUCAUAUUAUUUUAUCUGGUGGGUCAACAUUAUUCCCUGGAUUACCAGAAAGACUUGAAAAAGAACUUAAACAACUUUGUACUGAAAAUAAGAUGAAUCCAAGAGAUGUUAAGAUAUCGGCAUUACAAAACAGAAAGUACUUAGCUUGGACAGGUGCUGCUUUGUUAGCAGGAAUGUCUACAUUACUUGAUGAAGAAAAGUGCACAAAAGAUUAUUAUCAAGACAACUGUUGAUGAACAUAUCCCACAAAUCAUUUAUUUUAAUUCUAAAUACAAAUUAGUUUGUGUUU